CUCCAGCCAAUCAGCGGCUGUCAGGGACACAUGAACGGCGAUAAUAUCCGCGGAACAGCCGCUGCAGGCAGGAGGAACAAAGAAAGCCGCUCGCUGUCCGUAAGGCGUCCUCUCACUUCGUUAACACGGACGUACACCGUGUUGGAUUGGGUCUGUGUGGGUUUUUGUUUGUCUUGUUUUUUCUUUCAGUCUUUAGCAUAAACUCGUUACCGUAACUAUUACAUGUUAAGUCCGAGCAGUCGUUUUUACUGAGGAAAGAGGAAACUUGGCGUCGUGAGAGGUGGUUUAGUUUUGUUUGUUUUUUUCGUCGGGUCGUCUUUCUCGAAAUCCUCCAGCUUUGGAUGCGCUUACCGGAGGUCUGUGUGUGGGAUCAAAGUGUACCCUAGUGGACUCGCGGAUGUGGAAAUAACAAAGACUUCAUUGUGUGACCCUCACUCCCACCAGCCCACACCGUUCCCUUUUGACCUGGCAGAGAUGCAUUUUUGUCAAGGAGUUUGCACUCAGAUGGAUUAAGAGGAGUGUUGUUUCCCCUGGUUGAAGACGGUACUUUCCAACCAGACUCUGCAUUACCAUUGCGCCCAUGAGGUAACGUCAGGACUUACCGGCCCCUCAUUAUCACCCUUGGUCCAUCCAUUUCCCUCCCCUCUGACCCUUCCUUCCUUGCACCUUCCCAACCAUGGGCCAAAAGAUCUCUGGAACCAUUAAGUCAGUCGAUGUACGUGGAGAGCCAUCAUACAGGCCUGUUCGACGUGAACUGCGGGGCCCAGAUUUCUGUCGGCCACCUAGGCUGGACUUGCUGCUGGACAUGCCCCCUGCAAGCCCAGAGACUCAGCUUCAGCACGCCUGGAACCCUGACGACCGAUCACUCAAUGUCUUUGUUAAGGAGGAUGACAAGCUGACGUUCCACAGACACCCUGUAGCACAAAGCACGGACUGUAUCCGAGGUAAGGUGGGAUAUACAAGGGGCCUCCAUGUAUGGAGGAUUCACUGGCCAGCCAGACAGAGAGGCACCCACGCUGUUGUGGGAGUGGCCACUGCUGAAGCGCCUCUACACUCGGUGGGCUACACAGCCUUGGUGGGCUCAGACUCGGAGUCCUGGGGCUGGGACUUGGGUCGUAACAGACUCUACCAUGAUGGGAAGAACCGGCCUGUUUCCACAUCAGCACCCACAUAUCCCUCUUUCCUGGAGCCAGAUGAAUCGUUUGUGCUUCCGGACUGUCUGACAGUGAUACUAGACAUGGAUGAAGGCACGCUGAGCUUCAUGGUAGAUGGACAGUACUUAGGAGUGGCUUUCAGGGGGCUGAAGGGCAAGAGACUCUAUCCUAUCGUCAGCGCUGUGUGGGGGCACUGUGAAGUGUCGAUUCGCUACGUUAACGGACUAGAUCCGGAGCCCCUCCCCCUCAUGGACCUGUGCAGACGAGUAGCUCGACUGGCUCUGGGUAGAGAGCGCAUCCAUCACAUUGACACACUCCCCUUGCCGCAGACACUAAAGAACUACCUCCAGUACCAGUGACGGCACAUACACAUUAAACACACACAGCAAGAAACUGAGGCCCAUUUGUUCUUAUGGUUACCAGCCUCUGGACUGAACAUCAGACAUCUGCUGAGGAUGCAGGCGAUGACAUUGAACAGGUGGUUAAGAUGCCACCGCAAAGGGUUUUGUUUACACAAGUUUGGGGGUUUUCCAUUUUGGGUGUUUUUAUCUUCUGGUUUUAUGCUUUUUUUUUUUUUUUUUUUUUUUGGACUUGUUUCCAUCUUCUGACAGAUGACUAUAGGAGCUGAUGAAUGAAAUGAAGGGAGCGAGAGAUUAAAAGAGAACUUGUCAAUCCAUUUUCCUAUGUCGAGUCUAACCACGUCCUCAGAUAGAAAUGCUGUGGUUUUCGGGUAACAGUUUACCCAGACAUCUGCUGUGCACAGACUCUGUGGAGGCUUCCUUGGGAACAUAUUGGUAUUUAUAUUUAUAUUCCCAACAACACAGCAGGCUCUGUGGAGACUCGACAAUCCCUGCAAAGCCACACGCAGUUCUAUUUUUUGCUGCUGUGUACACGGCACAGCACACAUGGAUCACGUAUAGGCAGCCUGUGUAUAGAAACAAUGUGAGCCCGGUCUGUAGCAAGAAGACGACACGCUGACAAGCAGGCAGUAACACACGCAGGCUAGAAAACAACCCCGCUCUGGUUUCAGAUUUUUAAAUCGUCCUUCUCUCUGCUGCCAGCCUUACUCUCUCUCUUUCGUUCAGUAUCUCUCCACCCCUCGCUCCAAUGUGAUUUUUAAGCCCCCGUCAGGCUUAGUGAACUGAAAGGACCGCAGACACGCCGUUGGUCGGCUCUCUAGCUCCUCUAACACUGAUAGGGAUUGAUCCAAAGGUGAAGCAGGGGCCCGCUCUGCUACGACACACAAACACACAUUUAUCAGGAAACACUUCUUUCCCCCAAAAUUUUAAAUGCUGCUUAUCCACCAUAUGACUUAUGAUGUUUUUUGUUUUGUUUUUAAUCACUGACAUACCCUUAGACUUUUUUCUUUUUAAAAAAAUGAAUUUUAUGGGAUUUUUUUUUUUUUUUUUCUGCAGGACAGGAUGUCUCGCCUGUAUGGUUGGAAGAAUGUGCUGCCAUGAAAAUGUUUUAAAUGUGAAUAAGAAUAAACUGAGAUGAAUUAACACUGCCUGGCUCUGUUCUCUGACAUAAAGAUUUAUUUUUGGCCUUUUUCCCCCUCAGCUGUAAAAGCCUGAUGGGGGAUUGUCGUCACCCCGGUGGGUAGGCGUGAUGGACCC